AUGCCUUCGCCCGAAGUCAUUGAGAGCUCUCAAAGUCAGUUUGAGACGGAGAUCACGGCAAGCGUCGUCGAGGGUCUGGCCACGCGGAACGCCGCUCUUAUCCAGUCUGGGACAGUUUCCAGUGGUUCGUCUGCGAAGCUACCGCAAUCCACCCCUCCACCGGAAACCCAAUGCUACGACGCGCACGAUGAGAUGUCCUCGCAGGAUGUAUCCUCGCAAGCGUCUUCCUUUAGUGUCUCAGUCGCGCGCACGUUACCUCUGGUAAUGCCCUCCCAGCUCCCUCCCUCCAUGGCCGACAGCACCCAGUCCUCUUUCGGGGAUCAUUCGGUUGUCCGCCGCUUUCUUGAGGUGUUCGAUGGACGAGAUGGGGACGGCAACGAUUUCUCGGGCUCAUACGCUACUUCGUCAUCGGAAAGCAUUCCACCAGCGGUCAAAGACUUUUAUGACAUGUUUUCUCAGAGCCAAGACAUCUCAGAGCCAACGCUGUCGCAAAUCCUUGGCGAGGAUUAG